CGGCAGUUAUAUGAGCUAAUGAAGGACGACAGAGAAAACAAUCGACAAUAAAAGUGGUUGCGUGUGUUUAAGAAUAAAUAAUGAAAAGUUAAAUAAGUAUUUUUUUUAAGUGAAACCUACAAAAUAACAGCUCAUGCUAUGAAGUAUAUCUAUAAUGUCUGAAUGCAGUGAUGUUAAAGCCACGCCACAGAAUGCCGCACGCCCACCACCAAUAGCCCUUGGAAUAAACGUGGAAAAACCAAAGUUCCCUCAGUAUGCAUUUGUUCCCAAACGUCUUGAAUCUUAUAAAGAAUGGCCAGAGUACAUACCAAUAGACAAAAUGGCCUUGGUAGAAGCUGGAUUAGUAUACACAGGUGUUGGAGACAGUGUGAGGUGUUACUUCUGUGGUGGAGGGUUAAGAAACUGGGAACGUGGCGAUAUUCCCAUGGAAGAGCACGCCAAGUGGUAUCCGAAGUGUCCCCAUAUAUUACUUGUUAAGGGACAAGCAUAUGUUGAUAAACUAAGCCGUGGUGAAAAGCCGGACGUGGAAGAAGUUGAUAAUACCAAGCAGCCUUCAGCCAUUGAGACUAACCAUCUGGGAAGUGCUGCUGCAAGGAGCUGUAUUGAAAUGGGUUUCGCAGAAGAUAUGGUUAAAAAGGCGAUCCACAUUUAUAUUGAAAAACAUGGCAGUACUGAUUUCAAAGGAGCAGAACUUUGCAAAAUUCUGUUUGACCUCGAAGAAAAUCAAGAUGUGACAGUUCUUACUAAUAAAUUAGAUGACAGCUUCAUAGAUGACAAUGACAAACUAGAGCCCCUUGAGACGCUUCUUGAAGAAAACCACAGACUUAAAGAGAACCAGUUGUGUAAGAUAUGUCUGGAAAGUCGCGCAGAUGUGAUUUUCCUUCCGUGUGGUCAUAUGGUUUGUUGUCCACAGUGUGCUCCAGCUCUCACAAAAUGUCCAGUUUGCAGAAAAACUGUAAACGGACACAUCAAAGCGUUCUUUGCAACCACAUGUAGCAGUUGUCAAGAGGGUUGAGGCAUAUGGUCAGUUACUUUCUGGUAGUAGUAAAGUGGACGGUUAGCAUUUCGCUUCUAUGCUGACUCGUAACAAUUGUUAGCUAAGACGGAUUUGAAGAAACUUUGAUUACUACGUACAAAUACACAUUCUUUGUGUAAAUGUGUUUCUUAUGCACGUUUGAUGCAACAGAUACCACACAUUUUAAAAAUAUUCAAGAACGUUGAUUAGAACAGACCUAAACUUUGAGAAGUUCAGUAAUUCGAUUUACAUUCAUCCUAUGAACAUUAUCAUUUCAUGUCAUGAAUUGUUGUCUAGAAUAUGUGUGUGUGUCUAGACGAUAGUGUUUGAAAUUGGUUCACUUUCAUUUUAACUGUAACAGUGAAAAUAUCUUUUUAGAUAUUAUCGUUACUGCAUUGCCUUUUCGUCGUGAUAUAACGCAGAUCUGGGGCAUAUUUAGAUUUUUGAUUAACGUGCGUAUAGCUGCUGCAUAUAAUUUGUACUCUUACUACUCGACAAAAAAUAUCAUUUUACAGUCAUUCCACAUCUUUUUUAAUCGCUUAUUCCUUCAAAUAUGUCUAUUUCAGACGAUUGUUUCUUUUUCUUCAAUACUCACAACCUAAAUACUGUACUCUAUAGUUAAUAAACACAAACUAGGUCUGUAUUCUAUAGUUAAUACCAGUGAUACAACUCAACACAAACUAAUUAUUGCUAUUAUACCCUAAUCAAACUGAACACAAACUACGUUUUAUACCCUAUAGUUAAUACGAAACGUACAUUUGAAAACCAGAUGUGUUUUGUACUCUAUAGUUGAUACCCAACACAUAACCAAACACAAGCUACGUUUCGUAGAAUGCAGUUUGUCCUUGAUAAUCAAAGGCAUGUUUGUAAAAGUAAAUAAUGUACAGUGAAAUAAAUGUCUAGUUACAUUAAUAUAAUUCCUGUUUAGAUUGUCUCCCUUACAUUACAUGUAGCUCUGAAUUUGCAAUAUAAUUUCUUGAUAUUGUUUAAAAUAGGAGUACAUGAAAAAACGGAACUCGCAUAUCACCCCGUCGAUAAUCUGAAUAUCAGGCCAAACAUUUCAGUUUGUAGCAGAGGAGGUUUAUUUAUGUUUAUAUUUAGUAAUCAAUCUGUUUCAUGCAAAUAAAACAUAUUUAAGUUAUUUUUUCAACCUCGCCGGCGACGGGCCUUAAUAUGAAUUUUUCAUAACAGUCAAUUAAUGUAACAAAUUAUCAAACUUUGGUAAAAGAGGUUUGCAGGCAAAACGAAGUAUGCAGCUGGCAUGAUGGUACACCUCGUAGUUUGCUCCGACCCACCUGCUUACCAUAAAUAACAGUUAUGAACAAUACAUACAAAAUGACUCAAGUCGUCGUUUAUUCCUUAAAUAUUGAAGUGUUAUAUAACUAAUAUUAGAAAAUGUAAGUUAUUUUCAGUGCAGAACAUCUCCUUUUCCGUAGAAAAGCAGUUCAUGACAUUUCUUCAUUAAGGCAAAUAUUUUCGUAAAGUAUCAAUUUGAUAUGUGGUCUUUGUUUUAUCUAAAUAUUCAUACGGUUAUUUAUACACAGUGAAUGUUUAUACUAUAGGUUAUUAGCUUUGUAUCGGGAAAUAUGCACGAGUUCUUCAGCGGGAAUAUUGCGCGACUUCAGGAGCGCAAUAUUGUUCCGCUGAAGAGCGAGUGCAUAUUUUCCGAUGCAAAGAUAAUAACCUUUUUAUUACAUACUCAUCUACACGCAUGAAUAUAAUGUAAAUAUUAUGAAUUAGUUCAAUAGCCUGAAUAGGAUUGACAAUA